AUGUUCCUCGAGGGCACUGCGUUCCAGGAGGAGUUACCCCUUCAGGAGUGCUUUCUGGGCCCGGACGAGUUGCACGUUGUGUACGGGAGCCUGGUGGGGGUCCACCUCUACAAGAUCCUAAGAACCUGCGCUCCGCGCGGCGAACAGAAAAAGCUACUGUUGGCUUUGGACAGAGGCGUGCACUAUGCCUUUACCACCGACAAACCCCCGACCAUGCGCCUUCCUUCCAACAAGACCCACUUCUCAACUUCCCACAACUGCUCCCAUCGGGAAAAGGCUGGUGUCCUCCAGAUACUUGCCUGCAUCCUCGCAAACCUUUGCAAGGACGAACGGCAUAGUGACAUCCUCGUCAACUGGGUCAACGCCCUGAACCGGUGGAUCAACGUGACCCUGUGGAACAAGGAACCGGAUGACAUCAGCCUGGAGGAGUCCGACAGGCUGCUGUUUAAGUUCCAGGACGCGUGCGACGCAACCGGUCACCUUCGGAAAGGGGUUAACGGGAAUGAGCUGGGUUGGGCUUUCCAGAAGAUGUUCCAGCUCGCUUUGUUCAAGCCCGCUACAAUCCGAAACGGUCACGCAGACUUCAGCAACACGGAUCGUGGCGAACGAGCUCACGAGCUCAUCAAGUCUUGGUUCCAUGCCAUCGGUGCCAAGCCCUCGGAGUUGAUCCCCCGGAUGGUCAAUCAGUGGCAAAGCAGCCUGGCCUCAAACAGGCUCAAGGUCAUCAGCUGGUUUCGAGGCCGGGAUUUCAGGACUCGGGAGAACAGGAGUGCGGACGAGACGGCCUUCAGCAGUGGUACCAACCAGCUCGCGUUGACGAGUACCAUCGAUGUCAAGCUCAAGGACAUCGACGCUCCGAAAAAACCUCGCCUGGGCUUGUCGCUGAGCAAGCCGAAAAAAUCGCUUCGAGCCUGGAUGAGGCACAGGCCUCCUUGGAUGCCAAGACUCCACCCUGAAGCAAGGAACAAGGACGGCUCCUUCAAGCGAGAGCCUCUGAGUUACUUCUACAAGCAGCUACCCGAGCAGAUUGGCUUCUUCAUCCUUCGGGAAGUCCAAGGACUGGAUGAUAGGCAGGUCCAGGCUUACGCCAGUGCCGUCAAAGCCAAGACCGCUGCUUGGCCAGCGCCAGAAGACGGCAAGAUCUACAUCAACUAUACCCUCUACGUCGCUCCAUCCGAGGCGAACGAACGCGUCGAGACCCACCGCCUUCGAGCAUGCCCGGCUUUCAUGGGCCGGCCGGUCUUCAAGGACGUGGCGGUGGUGCAAGCUGACGGCGAUGAGCCGUGGAUUGCCAAGGUCCUGAUGCUCUUCCGGAUGAAGCUGAAGAGGCGGGCGGUCAAGAGUCUUCGCGGAAAAGGUCGCCCUGGCGCGGACGUGUUCUACUGUCUGGCACUCGUUCGCUGGUAUCAGCGACUGCCCAGAGCCGUGGACGCAGCCAGGUGUCCGGUAUACCGUUGGGAAACGCGACCGCGUCAGCCUCAGGUGUCCGUCAUAGACAUCAGGACAAUCACCGAGAUCGUCCACAUGCUCCCGGUUCCAGUACCAGCGGUAUUCGGCGAGGAGGUGGAUCUGAACUACCGGAGCAUCUGGAUGAGGAAAGAGCUUCCAUACUAG